UAACGUGAACCUACAUAUCAGUCAUUUAUCGUAUUUAUCCUAUUAAUUUCAGAUCCACCAGGAUGGUCACUGCAAAUAAAAUAUUUCGGUAUUUGGCAUUGGUCUUUGCCAUAUGCUUUAUCGCAGCUGAGUCAAGCGAGGAACUCUUCUGGGGCUUUGCCAACUUGACCUCGGGAGACCAGUCUUGUCCUGAAGGUUACUUGCUCGUGGGAAGCCAGUGCCUCAUGUUCGUCACCUUCGCUGAGGAAAAUCACAGGGAAGCGAAACAGACGUGUCACUCUGUUUCAGGGGAACUGUUGGCUAUUACUACGCCUACGCAGUUUGUGCACGUUGUAAAUCAUAUCUAUGCUUACGGUUACACUGGACGACAGUUCUGGUUGGAUGGAUCGGACGCGGAGAUGGAAGGCAACUGGGUGACUUCCUCUGGCCAGGCGGUCCCUCGAGGAACUCCCUUCUGGGCGGCCUUCCAGGACUUCCAACAGCCUGAUAACGACCAUGGAAGAGAACAUUGUCUAGAGUUGUCGUCUCCCGAGUUUUUCUAUCUGAAUGAUGUAGAUUGCGAGAGCAAAAUCAACUUCAUAUGCCAGUACAGUCUUCAAAAGCAAGAUAAGCGAGACUUAGCCACAACCACUCAAGUUCCAAAGGCAGUUCACAUGGAUGUGUACAGUGGCCAAUGUCCAGCCUUCUUCGUGGAGGUGGGAGGCCUUUGCCUCAUGUUCGUCAUGUGGGCGGAGGAGACCUGGCACGAGGCUCAGCAGACAUGUGGAGACUCGAGCGACCUCCUGGCUAUCACUGAUGCUGAAGUCCUAAGAGCUGUGUACCUCUACUUGCACGAGGAAAAUAUAGCAGACCACAGCUUCUGGUUGGGUGGCUCUGAUUCCAGUGAAGGAAACUGGGUCUACACCACAGGAGAGUCUGUCCCAAUGGGCACACCUUUCUGGGGUCUAUAUCAUGGAGACAGCGUCGUGCAGGAACCUCAAGGUGGCACUCAUGAGAACUGCCUGAUGUUGCAUUCUGGAGGUUCUUAUUAUUUCCGGGACGUAGCUUGUUCCUCGAAACUGAACCCACUUUGUGUUUACAAUGGAUAAGCACAGCCUUAGAUGUUAUACUUGGAGUGUGUGAGUGUGUAAUGCGGAUACAAAAAAUAAAAAGAUGAAGAUUAU